GAGAAACCAGCACAAUAAGCGACUAGUCCUUGGUGCCAUAUUAAAGCAACAAGUGUAAUCAAUUAACAUUGAUGCUGCAGAGACAACUGCGUUGCCAUCAGCUGGAUAUCGUUUGAAUAGAGUUUGCAGUAAUAACAUCAGAGUUUUUGUUUACUUGUUUUCUGGCCAAACACUCCAGAAGGGGACUUCCCCGUUGGCGUGAUCGCGGCACGAUAUUUGGUGCAGGCGAGUUAUGAAUAUGUGGAGUGAAUAUGUUGAGUGUGUGUGUAAGUGUGUGUAAGUCUGAUCUGCAAGUGGGAAUGACAUAAUCGGCAAAGCACCGAAGCACUACAAUGGCUGAACAAGCGUAACAUUUCGUGCAAAUGGUAGCCAACAAUUGGUCGCCAUUUAGAGGUCGCCAAGAGCUAAGAGUUGGGUGUUACGAAUGCGUCUACAACAUCAUCAUCAUCAUCAUCCAUCCAACCAAACCAACCAACAGCAUCUCUCCGAGGGCGACGCUUUCGCUUCGCCUCAAUGCUUGGUGGCCACUUGACUUGUGUUUGUUGCGGUUGCACUUGGCGCUUUUGUUUCCGGCGGCAACAACAACACCGAAAAAUUGUUGCUGUUGGGGGUUGGUUGGUGACUGUCGACUGGAGGUGUUCCGCCAAGGCCAGAGGAACGCAUCGCUCUCUAUUAGUAUAAAAGCUGUCGAUUCGACUGGCAAUGGCAUCAGUUCAACAUUUGAGUUCAUCACAACCAGAUCAACGAUCAAUAUGAAAAUCUUUCUCUGCUUGCUUGCCGUCUCAGCAGUGGCUAAUGCUGGCUUCAUUGGCGGUGCUGGUGGCGGUGGCCAUGGCUCCGGCGGUGGCGGUGGACACGAUCAUCAUGGCGACUCCAGUGGCCCGGCUCCCGAAGUCAAAGUGAUCAAAGUGAUACACGAAUCAGGCUCAGCUGGUGGAGGCGGCGGCGGCGGUGGCUGGCAGCCAGCUGGCGGUUGGUCUGCAGGAGGCGGCGGCGGUGGCUAUGGAGGUGGUGCUGGAGGUGGCUAUGGAGGUGGUGCAAGUGGAGGAUAUGGCGGUGGCUAUGGCGGCGGCUCUGGCGCUGGUCAGGAAGUCAAAAUCAUCAAGAUCAUCUCACAACCUCAAGCAGCAGGCGGCUAUGGCGGUGGCUCCAGCGGUGGUUGGUCGGCAGGCGGUGGCUCCAGCGGUGGUUGGUCUGCUGGCGGUGCUGGUGGCUCUUCGGGUUGGUCAUCUGGAGCCAGCGAUGCCACAGCUGCUGUCAAGAUCAUCAAGAUCAUCUCGGAAAGCGCUGGCGAUAGCGGCGAUGCCUCCGGCUGGUCUUCGGGUGGCGCCUCCCAAGGUGGUUGGUCUGCUGGUGGUGCAUCAAGCGGAGGCUGGUCUGCAGGAGGCGGCUCCAGCGGUGGCUGGUCCUCAGGCGGUCCUUCAAGUGGUGGUUGGUCAUCAGCCGGACCCUCAAGCGAUGGCUGGUCCUCUCAAGGAUCCGCUUCUUAUGGCGCUGCCAGCUCCGGAUCCUUUGGCGGUGGCUGGUCUCAAGGUGGCAGCGGUGGACACGGCAGCGGCGGCGGCAGCAGCUGGUAAAAAAAAAACAAGAAAGUUUGUUUGUUAAGUUUCAGUCUCAUUUUGCGCUCAUCUCAUGUACUCAUAUCUCAUCUAUGUUUUUUGUGCCUUUCGCCUUAUUUGUUGAAUUAAAUUCUUUAUAAUUUCCACAAUC